AUGAACUUCAAGAUCAAUGGGUGAGUGGGCGGGACUUGACCAAAUGCAGACAUGGCGGCGUCCUUAGACGACGAUUUUGAGUUGAAUAACCAGGAUUACUACUCGCUGCUAAACGUCAGGAGGGAGGCUUCACCUGAGGAGCUUAAGGCAUCAUAUCGCAGGCUGUGCAUGCUCUACCAUCCUGACAAACAUCGAGACCCAGAGCUGAAACAUCAGGCUGAGCAGCUGUUCAACCAGGUGCACCAAGCCUACGAAGUGCUGAGUGAUCCUCAUUCCAGGGCCAUCUAUGACAUCUUUGGGAAGAAAGGGUUUGAAGUCGAGGGCUGGGAGGUGGUGGAAAGGAAGCGAACUCCAGCAGAAAUUCGAGAGGAAUAUGAAAGGCUGCAAAGGGAAAGAGAAGAGAGAAGACUGCAGCAAAGAACUAACCCCAAGGGAACCAUCAGUGUUGGUGUGGAUGCAACAGACCUGUUUGACCGCUAUGAUGAGGACUUUGAGGAAAUGCCUGGAGGAGGGUUUCCUCACAUUGAAAUCAAUAAGAUGCACAUUUCCCAGUCUAUAGAGGCUCCUUUGACAAACACAGACACAGCAGUGCUGUCUGGUUCACUGUCUACACACAAUGGAAAUGGAGGUGGCAACAUUAAUGUCACUGUGCGCAGGGUCACAUCAGCCCAGGGCUGGGGAGAGGUGGAGUUUGGUGCUGGAGAUAUAUUGGGACCUCUCAUCGGGUUAAAGGUGUUUCGUAAUCUCACACCGCGGUGUUUUUUAACAGCCCAGUGGGGUAUGCAGUUCUCCCCUCGAGGUUUGCGACCAAGCUGUUCUCUGAUGACAGCCCGCCACUUGGACCAGAACACGAUGGGAUAUCUGCAGUGGCGGUGGGGGCCCAACAGUGCCAUGACCACCAGCCUAGUCAGAGACACAAAGACCAGCCACUUCACUCUCGCUCUGCAGCUGGGUGUACCGCAUUCCUACCUGAUGAUGAGCUACCAGUACAAAUUCCAGGAUGAGGAUCAGACCAAAGUGAAAGGCUCUCUCAAGACAGGCUGGUUUGGAACUGUGGUGGAAUAUGGAGCAGAGAGGAAGAUCAGCCGGCACAGUGUCCUAUCAGCCACUGUCAGCAUAGGUGUGCCUCAGGGAGUCACCCUCAAGAUCAGGUUGUCCCGGGCCAGUCAGACAUACCUGUUCCCGGUCCACCUGACAGAUCAGCUGCUGCCCAGUGCCAUCUUCUAUGCAACCGUGGGACCCGUGCUGUUCUACUUGGCUAUCCACAGGCUGAUCAUCAUACCAUAUACACAAGCACAGAAAGACCAAGAGCUGGAGUUGCAAAGGAAAAGCUCUGCCACAGAUAUUGCUAAGAAGAAGCAGGAAGCAGAGUCAGCUGUUUUGCUGAUGCAAGAGUCUGUGAGGAGAAUCAUAGAGGCAGAAGAAUCAAAAAUGGGUCUGAUCAUUUUGAAUGCUUGGUAUGGGAAAUUUGUGUUGGACAUCAACCAGAAGCAGGAGAAAGCCAAGGUGAUCGACGUCACCAUCCCCCUGCAGUGCCUGGUCAAAGACUCCAAACUCAUCCUCACAGAAGCCUCUAAGGCCGGGUUGCCUGGAUUCUAUGACCCCUGUGUAGGAGAAGAGAAAAGUCUGAAAUUGCUGUACCAGUUCAGAGGUGUCAUGCACCAAGUGCUGUCUGCAGAUACCGAGUCCCUGCGGAUACCCAAGCAAUCUCACAGGAUUGAGUCAGAGUCCUAGGAGUUCUCUUCUGUUGGAGCACCUGAGGGCAAAUGAAGGCCCAGCCUUUCUAUGAACAGGAGGAUGCAAGAAUGGAAGAAGACAUCACACUUAUGCCUGUUUUGCUCCUUUGGUCCUCAUUUGUCAUGGUAUUAGUGAAUAUAUUUAACAGUUCCUGUACUCUUCUUCCUUUGCUUUGGGCCAUCACUGCGGUUUAACAGAAUACACAAAUGAGCUUGAGGUUUUACAAGGUUUUGCCCUUAGAGUCUACUUUGCUGCAGCUGACAGGUCUGUUGAAGGAGAUCAGACAUCAGCGCUGGAUAUAGUUAGUACGUGCUCUGAAGAAAAGGAUUUUUAGUCGCCGCUGACAUACUGACUAUUCCCAGUGAUGUACUGAAGUGCUCAAAUGGAUGUUCUCGGAAUUCAUAAUGUCAAGCACGUAGCUGUGCAGUUGAGUUGUAGAGUCAUUUUACCCCAAGUAAGUGUAAUUUUUGUUCUUAAAUGUGUCCUUAUACUAUAAUCAUUACUCAUCCAAAUUUUUAUGAUAAAUCUAUUCAGGAGAGUGAAAACAGACA